GAUCUGUCAAUAUUUAACAUGUCGGUUGUGUUUGUUAUUUUUGUUUAGGGUACAAAUUCGGCAUUUACGCAUGGAUAAAACGACUAAAUGAACGAAAUUAUUUGUGAAUCUCGCCAGUGAAUACUCAUCCAAUAAAUGAAAGUUUCUGUGAUUUCUGUACUCCUGCAACUGCCGAUCAUUUCAUUGAAUCGAAAAGUGUGUUGAAAUGUUUUACGGUCUCGCUUAACAGUUAUUGUGAUAUUAUACUGUGGUUGAGAAUGUACUAUCGUGCACCAGUUCAGAUCAUUUAAAUAAUUAUUCUGGUUUAAUGCACACCAAUUGUACAUCAAAAGUGCGACGUGAAAAGAUUUGGUGAAGUGAUUACGGAUUUAAUUCAACAUUACAACGCAGGUGAAACGAGAAUGUCGAUAUCUAAAGGUGUCUACCGACGAUACGUGUAAUUAGAAUCAUCGAUUGGAUAAAUGCCGAAUUAAGCAACACUAACCAAAAACCAUGACAUUCAAAGUAUUUCGAAGAGGUUCGGCCCGAUGUUUCGGUCUGUUAGCUGCAUUCAUUACAAUAUUGCUAUGUCUAUACUACAUAUCAUUCGGGCAGCCAGCAUCGAAAGAUUUUCGUAAACGGCCUAUCGAAUCGCCCCAUGCAAGAAAGUUCAUUGACCAGUCACAGCGAGUGAAAGACAAUAGUUUAAAUGUAAGUUCAUAUGCGGAUGGCUCGUCGUCCAACUGGGAGAGAUGUACGGCACUGACUCAACGGUCUACCAAAAUCACAACAGACGACGAAUAUUCGAGUUUCGAUUUUCAGCCGGAGUGGAUGAAAACGAAAGAAUAUUGGGACAAAACGUUUGAAACGCGAUAUGAACAAGUGAAAAAUAACGAUGCAACGCCGCCAUUGAAGAUCAUCGUUGUUCCGCAUUCACAUAACGAUCCGGGCUGGUUGAAGACCUUUGUCAAUUACUUUCAAUCGGAUUCGCGGCAAAUUCUGAACUUAAUCAUAACGAAAAUGCAAGAGUACACCGAUAUGACGUUCAUUUGGUCGGAAAUAAGCUUUCUGCAAUUGUGGUGGGAUCAAGCCCAUCCGACGAAGCAACGGGCACUUAAGCAACUUAUCCAGUCCGGACGAUUUGAGAUCACAACUGGUGGUUGGGUCAUGACAGACGAGGCAAAUGUUCAUUUGUACGCCAUGCUGGACCAAUUAAUUGAAGGUCACCAGUGGAUUAAAGCCAACUUAAAUUACACUCCAGUCACUGGAUGGUCAAUCGAUCCAUUCGGUCAUGGAAGUACUGUUCCAUAUCUACUAUCUGCUGCUGGCUUCGAAGGGACAAUCAUUCAACGGAUCCACUACGCAUGGAAACAGUGGUUUGCAAAGCAUCAGUAUGGCGACUUUAUGUGGGAGCCAUACUGGUCAAAUAGCGAUGAGCAUGGAGUACAAUCAUUGCUCACACACAACAUGCCGUUCGACAUUUAUUCCAUCAAGCAUUCGUGUGGACCGCAUCCGUUCGUUUGUUUGAAUUUCGAUUUUCGCAAAAUACCCGGCGAGUACACCGAAUAUUCGAUCAAGGCAGAAUUCAUCACCGAUGAGAACAUCGAAGCCAAGGCGACUUUGCUGAUGGAUCAGUAUUCACGAACGGCAUCGUUGUUUCCGCACAAUGUAGCACUGAUUCCAGUCGGAGACGAUUUUCGGUACAACAAGGAGAAAGAAGUGGAACAGCAGUACACCAACUAUAAGCGGCUGAUUGAUUACAUCAACUCUCACAAGUGGAAGUACAAAGCUGAGAUUAGUUUCGGGCUGCCCAAAGACUAUUUCCGGGCAAUUCGAGAGAGAUACGAACAAUUCCCGUCACUGAAAGGCGACUUUUUCGUUUAUUCGGACAUUUUCACUGAAGGAAGACCGGCUUACUGGUCUGGUUACUUCUCCACUCGACCAAUGUACAAGAUUCUCAGUCGUGAGCUGGAGAAUCAACUGCGCAGCUUGGAAAUACUGUUCACAAUCGCAUUCAAUUCGGCAAGGCAAUCGAAGAACUUAAAUGCUCUGCGGGUGUACGAGAAAAAUUACGAAAAAAUUAUUUUGGCUCGUCGUAACCUGGCGCUAUUUCAACACCACGACGCAAUCACAGGUACCAGUAAAGCAAUCGUGAUGCGAGAUUAUGGAAUCAGACUGUUCGAAAGCAUACAGGACAUUGUGAAGCUGCAGGAGAGUUGCAUUGAAUACUUGAUACAGAAGCAACCGACCAGUCAUCAUGGAUUUGUGUUGAGCGAAAUGGAGAGGGAGAGCUUCAAUAAAUUGUCUAGGAAAUUGCCGAUUUACUUGGCCAAAAAUAGCACCAGCAAAUUUGUUGUUUACAAUUCUGGAUCGCAAGACAGAUUGGAGGUGAUUACAAUCAGAACUGUGUCGCCGAACGUGGAAAUUUGGAACGACGGAGUAAAGAUGGAAAUUCAAGUCAAUCCCGUGUGGAACAUAACCGAAAAUGUCCACAAAUACACGGCAGAAGAACCGGUGAACCUGAUUAAAGUGUCCGACAAACAAUUCGAAAUCCUGUUCCUGGCUAGUUUACCAGCGCUGUCGUUAUCCACUUUUACCAUUCGAUACACUGAAGACUAUAAAACUCGAAUGGCAACGAUCUACUGCAACGAGUGUAAGGAUGAGACGGUGAACUUGUUUGAAAUUCGCAACAAACAGCCCGGUGACAUUCAGUUGGAAAACUACAAAAUGCGCCUGCUGUUCGAUGAACAGUCGGGCUUCCUGAAAACUGUUACUAAGAAGAAUAUGGGCAAACCGAUACAGUGUGCCAUCAAAUUUGCCGCCUAUCGCAGUGCCCAGUUCCACUCCGGAGCGUAUCUAUUCAAAACGGAUCCGGAACAUCAUGACACCGAACGCAAUGUGUUCGAGCAGUACGCCGAUAUGAAAAUUGUCAUCAGUUCGGGACCGAUAGCCAGCGAUGUGACGGUUAUUUACUACCCAUUCUUGGCGCAUACCGUUCGCAUUUACAAUACAAAAACGGAUAUCGACAAUGCGAUUUACGUGGAGAACGACAUCGAUUUCGAGCCGCCGCCGAAGAACCGAGAAACGGAACUGUUCAUGCGUUUUACGACGGAUAUUGAAAAUGGCGAGAAUCCGAUAUUUUACACGGAUCAGAACGGAUUUCAGUACCAGAAACGGGUGAAAGUGAAGUCGAUUGGCAUCGAGGGUAAUUACUUUCCGAUAACAACGGCUGCUUUCAUCCAAGACGAAAAGACCCGUCUAACUGUGCUGACGAACCAUGCACAAGGUGCUGCUAGUUUCGAACCUGGUCAUUUAGAGGUCAUGGUGGAUCGUCGAACCCUAUACGAUGACUACCGUGGAAUGGGUGAAGGUGUUGUGGAUAGCCGGCAAACGAGACACAAAUUCUGGAUAUUAAUCGAACAUUUCCAACCGGCCGAGGACAAAUCGACCGAACAGAAUGAAUAUCAAGUUCCUAGCCUAUUUGCCAAUCACUUAUCCAACAUACACAUCUAUCCAUCGAACACGUAUUUCAUUGAUAGCCAAGACUUCACCAGCUUGCAGCUAAGCAACCACGUUCAACUCAUUGACCAUAAAUUUCCGUGCGAUUUGCAUCUACUAACGUUGCGUACAUUGACUGAAGAAGAACUGCCACUGUUUCCGUCUCGGUCCGCUCUGAUGGUGUUGCAUCGUCAGGCGUACAGUUGUAAAUUUGCCGACAAUGUGCAUAGCAAACAGUGCAAGAAACAGGCUUUUACCAAAAAUAUUUUCAAUCAUCUGCACAUUGAAAGCAUUGCCAGUACAACGUUGACUGGACUGAAGACGAAUGCCGUUGUGAAGAACUUUAGUAGCAUUUAUGUCAAACCGAUGGACAUUCGAACAUUUAACUUGACGUUCGAGUAUUGAUUUUUAGGUAGAAAAUUUUAAUUAUUUUUUUUUCGUUGAAAUUUGGAUAUUAUUUUCACACAUACUCACGAUGCCGUGUUAGACCAAAGCAAUGUAGGUCGUUUUCGGUUGGCUCUUUUCAGAGCUUCAAACUUUCAAUUAGAAAUUAGAGUUAGAGAAACAAAAAGCUCGCUAAGACAAAUGAUAAAAUCUGUUACGUUCGGUCUAAACACGGCAGUUAUGAAUGGGAGUUUUGGCAAA